AUGGAUGGUUCAUUAGAAGAAGAGUUCACCUUUGUGGCUGACCCCGAGGCGGCCUACAUCGUGUUGGACCGCUACACCUGCCCCACCUACAUCGCGCCCUGGGAGUUCAGCUGCAGGAACAGCCUGCCGUGGUCUUUCUGCGACCGCUGGCUGGGCCAAAACACUGAGAAGGCGGCCUUUAUGAAAAAGAUUACAUCCCUCUCCAUGAAGAAAGCUCAGUCAGCAGACUAUCAGAAGGAGAUCACAGAGGGAAAAGGGUUCAAUUCCUGCGACACCUACGCCAUGGCCGCCGCCAUCGACGACACAUUCAUAACAGAGAGCGACGAGGUGAGCAUCUGCUGCUCUCACGUCUUUAAAACACAAAGCAUUCCUGUUCAGAUCAUUAACAAAAAAUGUCCGGCGUUUUCUCCACCAGGUUGCGGAGUGGAGUGGAGUUGGAGAGGACCUACACCCGAGGCAGAUGUUCAUGAACUCAUUGAAGUAGAAUGA